AUGCUCAACGGCGCCUGCCAGAUCACCUGGAUGUGGGUGUGGCUGCGAAAUCAGGCGUUUUUCGCGAAAAACGAAAAAUUUGCGGCGACGCUGCAGGGGUUGCUCACCUGCGAGGUUCGCGACGACGACGGGGCUCGAUGGGAGGAGGAGACGGAGGCCGCACUCACCCGGCUGCUCGGCAUCCCCCUCAUGCAAACCCUCCAACCCGCGUUGAAGGCGGGGCUUCAUAACGGCCAUUUGAAGAAAUGCCUUUCCGCGGUUUUCGAUGGGAUCGAGAAAGGGACGUUGGAGCGAAAGGAUGAGCGGAAGACGGACGGGGGUGCAACGGAGUCAGGGGCACCGUGA